GGACGAGGGCGCACACACUGGAAAAAUCACUUAACCCCUUUGAGCCCAUUUCUUCAUGGGGACAAUAAGGACCAACCCCUAGAAAUGGAAAAAGGACAAAAUCUCAGCCCAGCAUGCGGAGAAUGUUGCUGAGGCUGGGGGUAGGUGGAGCUGGGCUAGGGGUCAUCGACUCUGAAGAGGAGCUGUGCAGUCGGCAGGCAGUGGGUAGGUGCCACAGGAUCCCCAGGCAGAAGAUGUUCUGCCCUCCUGUCAUGGCCUGCACAAUCAGAGGCUGAGGAGGGAGGAAGGGAGGGGGUUUCCUUGAUUGGAAGGGGGAGUGGGAGGAGCAGCUGACACCAAAGUUGGGAGGUGGGAUUAAUUCUGAGAGGGGGGUCGGGGUGAGGUCUGGAGUGGUGGGUUUGAGAUGGGGGCCGGCUCGCCAAGGUGGAGGUGGGGAAGGGGGCGUGUCUGCCCCCUACCCCGAAGACCUCAGUAGCUGGAGGAAUGGGCGCUCCACGCUCCCAGCUCCGUUAGUUGGGAGUUGAGGCGCAGGAGCAGGGAGGGUGCCCAGGGUGCCAAUUCGGCCCUCGAAGCGACGUGCGGCUCAGAGCCCAGGUGGGACUUGGCUCAGCGGCCAUGGGCAAGCAGAACAGCAAGCUGCGGCCCGAGAUGUUGCAGGACCUGCGGGAGAACACGGAGUUCUCAGAGCUGGAGCUGCAGGAGUGGUACAAGGGCUUCCUCAAGGACUGCCCCACAGGAAUCCUCAACGUGGAUGAGUUCAAGAAGAUCUACGCCAACUUCUUUCCCUAUGGUGACGCCUCCAAGUUUGCUGAGCACGUCUUCCGCACCUUUGACACCAACAGCGAUGGCACCAUAGACUUUCGGGAGUUCAUCAUUGCGCUGAGCGUGACCUCGCGCGGCCGCCUGGAGCAGAAGCUCAUGUGGGCCUUCAGCAUGUAUGACCUGGACGGCAACGGCUACAUCAGCCGGGAGGAGAUGCUGGAGAUCGUGCAGGCCAUUUACAAGAUGGUUUCGUCCGUGAUGAAGAUGCCGGAGGACGAGUCGACCCCGGAAAAGAGAACUGAGAAAAUCUUCCGCCAAAUGGACACAAACAACGACGGCAAGCUGUCCUUGGAGGAGUUCAUCCGCGGGGCCAAAAGCGACCCGUCCAUCGUGCGUCUGCUGCAGUGCGACCCCAGCAGCGCCUCCCAGUUCUGAGAGGAGCCAGGUUCCCCUUCCUCCCUCCCUUCACCGGCCCCCUCCCGGCUCUUAACUUCCUCUCCCUUGUGUGUAUUCUGGCUGGGGGCCAGAUUGGGGAAGCCCUUCUCCCCGGGUCUGCCCUGUGGGGGGCUUCCGGAAAAAGGAACCCUGCGGUACCCCCAGGCCAAAGCAAGUAAGCGGUCAGCACCCCCCAAUCCCAGAGGCAACAAUAGAGACACAGGCUGGGUUGGUCUGCCCCUCAGUCAGGCCCCCUUACCCACCCACCAGCCCCGAGGCCAGACUCCUCCCCCAAAGGGGCAGUCCCUGUCUUGCAGGUCUCAGCUUGGGGGGUGGGGGGAGUCAUGCCCAGGGGAGGAGCCUUUUUAUCUGGAGGGGAGAGAAGGAUUCUAGGGGUGUGGAGUUGGAGAAAGAGGCUUCCCUGAGCCACCCUUCCCUGCAGAAGGGCCUCAGCCCUUCCCACCCCAGCCCUUGCUGGUCCCUAGGCCAAGCCACCAAAUGAAACCUUCCAGGAUACUAGCCCACCAGCUGUGGGUCCCAGAAAGCCCGCCUGCCUUUUAGCACUUUGAUACACACAGACCCACGGAGCUCUCUGUGUUUGGCCUCUCACACACACACAGGCCCAUAGACAGAUGGGCAGAUGCACCCAGAGCCCCAUGCACAGUGUUCUGCGUGGGAAAGAGACACGGUCCCCCCGGCUGAGCCCCUGUCCUCCCCUCUGUCCCCCCAACCGCCCCCCCUGCAUGCAGCCAGAUGGAGCAUCUCUGUUCUUUUUAAUAAUUUCAGAAUAAAGUCUCAUUUCAGUGCA